UUUGGGGUUCUCUGAUUAGCAGAGAGAGAUUAGGGCAUGUGGGGUUCUCUAGGUGGAAUGAACUGAGUCCUCCCUCUCUCUCCAUGAUUUCCACCAAAUUUCACUAUUCUCAUAGUACUUGUAGACCACAAUUCCAAUUCCAUGAGAAUAUAUGUAUGCGUGUAGGAGAGAGAGAGAGAGAGAGUCUUACUAACAGUACCCUGGUGAGGACUGUAGCAUCUCGCCUGAGUACUCCAGAACUCUGGGGAGCCUGCCUGAGUUCUAUUGUACUAGGGCGAGUUUGUAUAAUGCUCACCUGAGUACUUCACAGGUAUCUCACCCCAUGAUUAUGUACAAUAUGCUCUCCUGCCAGGGUGCCGAGGCCUCGCCUUUACUGAGUUUUUGUCCUUUUGAGUUCACUAGAAGAGUCGGGUAUGCUAUGUGGUAUUAGACUAUUACUAUUAUCCAGACUUAACGAGGAGGUGAUUAGCUUAAUAUUAUGAAGGAGAUUCUUUUAUUGCAAAUGUUGGAUUUCAGUUUUAAGUUUUUAGAAAGGUGUUUAUUUUGAAAAUGUAUAUUUUUUCAUUAAAGGAUUAGUUAGAGUUUAAUUACUAUUAAAAAAGUUAAUAAGUUUAAAAUUUGGUCGGCAACAGGAUAUUCUUUGUAUUUUUUAAAUGUCUCCAAGCCUCAUACAUGAGGGAAGAGACAGUCCAUAUGCAAUCUAUUGUAACACCAUUGUGUUUUUAUACUCACAACAUCUGGAAUGUGUACUUUCUUCCAAAAGUGUUUAGGUUGUGAUGAAUCAAUGAAUAUUAUUAGAUGCUUAAUAUUGGGAUAAAACCUCAAGAAAUUGAAACAUUCAUGUCUAUUUUUCGCCAAAGUUCGUGAAGAUGUAUAUAUUAUUGUUUAAUGCUGCCGUCAUGAAAGAAUCCUCAUCAUGUUAAGAAUCCUCUGAGUGUAGCUCAUAUGGCAAUGUGCUACUUUUAAAGAUGAUACUCAUGUUCAAAUCAUCUCCCAUGGCUUUAUGGCAAUCAAAAGAAGAAUAAAGUAAAUUAUAUGGCAUGGUGUGGUUAUGAUGAAAGAAUUAAGGAAGUCGAGGGUUAUUUCUGCGCUCUUAAUUUACUGGAAACCAUGUUCGCUUUUGAUGUUCCUUUUUUCUCUCUUAAAAGAAUAAAUAUCUGCCAUUAGUAAUCAUAAAAGUAAGAAAAGAAUCAGUGACAUGCCUUAGAUUCUGUUUUCACUUUUUGCCAACAUGAUGAUCGACUUUAUAGUUGAUACCGAUAAAAGAAUUAUUGACUUGGAAUUGCUGAUUUCUGCUCACUUGUUGGGUUUUGUGUACAGAUUUGUAUCAGAUUGUAUGCUGCAAUAUAUGGAGGGUACUAGUGGGAAGACGGAUUCAUUGGAGAGUACGGAAGGAAGAAUCCUAGAGGAUGAGAGCCUUGAUAGGUUUAGCAGCUUACCUGACAAUAUCCUUAAUUCCAUCCUUUCAUAUUUGCCCACAAAGGAAGCUGUGAGGACGAGUGUUCUAUCCAAUCGAUGGAAAUAUAUGUGGACUGGUAUUUUGGUGCUUGAUUUUGAUGAGAAUUGCUUUUGUGGGAAGGGGGAGAAUAGUAGAAAGAGAGAGAAAAUGGUGGGCAUUGUUAACCGGGUCUUGAAGCUCCAUUUUGGGCAUGUUGAAAGGUUCAAGCUUGUGUUUUACCCUGGAAAGUUCAAGUCCCAUAUCUCUAGGUGUUUGCAAUUCUUACAAACGAGUGGGGUUCAAGAGCUCGAUCUUGAUUUCAGAGGGGAAUCUCAAGAAGCCUAUGCCGGAUACGGUUGGUAUGAGUUACCAUCUUGUAUCUAUGAUUUAGGGUCGCUAUUGGUAUUGAAUCUUAAAAAUUGUACCAUGGGUGUUCCUUUGGAGUUUAAAGGCUUAAAAUCUUUGAAGACUCUGUGUCUCUCUGAUGUUUAUAUCAGUGGCGAACAACUUUCCAUUUUGGUUUCUAAAUGUGAAGUCCUUCAAAACUUGACCGUACAUUGUUGCAAGGACAUUGAAAACAUUAAGAUUUUGGGUCCUCACACUCAGCUUCAGAGCUUGAAGAUAGAUGGAUGCUGUGUAACUUUGGGGGAACUUGAGAUUGAUGCUCCAAAUUUGUUGUCUUUUGAUUUUACUGGCUGGGUUUCUGGGUCUCCUAUGUUAAAUGUUCCUCGGCUGUUGAAAGCAACCAUUACUCAGAGUUCCAAGAACUCUUUAGAUGGACAGAAUGAAAAAUGGUAUCUCGAGAUGGCUAUGAAUCUUAGCAAGCUGGUUCAUGUCGAGUCUUUGUCUCUGCUAGGAUUUUUUGUCAAGUUUUUGGCUAAAGGUGAAGCGAUAGACCAGGUGCCUACAAAUUUCUUAAAUCUCAAGAAGCUUGCCCUGAAAGUAAACAUGACAAAAGUUUCUGAGGUUACAACGAUUGCUCGCUUCCUUGGAUGUUGCCAUCAUUUAGAAGAAAUUGUUUUCUGGCUUGACCAACAUCAUCCCGAACUAACUUGGCAAUUCUGGGAUGCACAAGUGCCUCCAUAUUGUGUAGUAGAUUACCUUAAAACUGUGGUGAUAAAAAACUUCUCGGGAUUGGAGGAUGAGGAAGCAUUCGUAAGAUUCUUGCUCAUGUGUGCCAAGGAGCUUAAGAAGAUCACUGUUAGUUGCUAUGAGAGCAUGCGUACAGAGAGGAGGAUGCAAACAGCUCUAGAGAAAUUGGCAAAAGUAGAGAGGGCUUCCCAAAAUGUUGAGAUGGUUAUUGAUUUUGACUCAAACCAAGAUCUCAAUGGGGACAAGUAUUUGUACGAUGAUUCAACUGACGGACUAAGUGAAUAUGAUUAUGGCUAUGACUACGACUACGACGACGAUGACCAUGACUACGAUUAUGACGCGUUUGAGAUAGAGGAUUAUUUUUCUGACCAAGAUAUGAUCUUAAAUCUUUUCUUGCACUAAGUAUGUCAAGUCUUGGUUCAAGUUUGAUCCUUCAAUUCUUCUAUUGCAGCAAGUGCUUUAUUUUUGGGCAAGUUUCAAAGUCAAAAUUGAUGCCAAUAUCAGUUUUAUUUUGCAUCUAGACUUAAUGAGCUCAUCUAUAGAUAAAUAAUGUAGAAUUCUGGAUAUGGUUCAUAUUUGAUCUACAGAAUUAGUAUAGGGUCUGUGGAGUGCAUUCUU